AUGAUUAGAUUGUGCAUUCUUUUAUCAUUUUUCGCUUUACUACUCCCCUGAUUUAAAUUGGAAGGUUUUUUUUUUAAAUUCUAAAAAUUAAAAAAUAUAAUUAAAUCAAAGUUUUGAAUUUUAAUUCAAAAAUUAAUCGAUUAAGUGUGAAUCCUGCUUAAAUAAUAUUUUGUGUGCACUUUCUCCAUAGAAUUAGGCCAAAAUUGAUUUUAUAAAAUUUAGUAUUUUAUUUAUAAAUGUUCCUAUUGAAAAAAAAUUAUUCUAAUUUUAGCACCCAGAAAAUAGGAAAUUUACCUAUAUUUGUUCCAAUUUAGAGUGGGGAGUUAGCAGAAUGAACAAAUGUUGUAGUUGACUCAGAUUUGCCCUCAAAAAGAGCAGGACAUACGAUUAGCAACUACAAUGGAGAGCUUUAUCUUUUUGGAGGCUGCGAUUUAGAUACAGCAUGUUAUAGUGAUGUGUAUAGGUUCAACAUGACUGUAAAUAUGUGAGAGUUAUUGAAUCCAACAGGAGAUAUUCCGACUGCAAGAGAAGGGCAUAUUGCCGCCGUAGUAGGGAGCAAGCUGUAUAUAUCAGGUGGGACUACUUUAACAGAUCUUUUGGAUGAGACAAAUAUAUUAGACUUAACAACUGUAUUUUUUACAUAUACUCAAUAAUAUUAAUUUUCUCUAUAUUUUUACUAUAUAAUUACUAUAGAAAAAUAAAUGAUAAAUUAAUAUAGAACUAUAUAGCUAGAAUGAAAAGAAGCUGAACUUGGAGGAUCAAUUGAGCCGAGAGCAUAUCAUGCAGCAGCUUUGCAUGAUUCAGGAUUAAUUUUUAUUUUUGGAGGAUAUACAUCAGAAGGAUUAAGCAAUGAAGUGAUUCUCUUAGACACAGUAAACAACCAUUGAGGAUAUCCAGCAUCUGUAGGAUCUGUGCCAAGUGCAAGGAAGUAUCAUUCUUUAAGCAGAAUUGGAGACUUUGUGUGGCUUUUCGGAGGAGAAACUGAUAGUGGAGCUGUUAAAGAUUUAUAUUAUUAUGAUAUAGAUGAAAGGCAUUGGUAUAAACAAGAUACGUCAGGUUCACCAUUAGCAAGACAAGGCCACGCAACUGCAGUGUCUGGGGAUUCAUUUUAUGUGUCAGCUGGGUGCAAUUCGGAUACUCGAUACUGCUAUUCUGAUCUUUAUAAGUUUUAUACAGAAAACAAUACUUGGGAUAAAGUUGAUUCUGGAAGUAUAUAAUAUUUGUUAGUAUUUAAUAUAGAUUUUUUAUAUAAAAAUAUAAUCAAAUUUAAUAUAAUAUAUAUCUAAUAAUAAUGAAUAUGUUCAAAAACAUCAUUUUAAUAUAAAAUAAGAUAAAUUAUAAUAAUUAUAUUUUUUUUCUAAUUAGGCAUAGUUUACAUUCAGUCCUAGAGAAGGCCACGCUAUAGAGUUUAUCGGUGGAAAUUUAUAUGCAUUUGGCGGCAGAUUUUUAACAGAAAGCUCAUAUGGCGAUUUUUUAGUUUUUGAAACCAAUGAAACUUGUCCUAAUGGCUGCUCUAGGAAUGGAGAAUGCACUGAUUAUGGCUGUGACUGCUACGGAGGAUACACAGGCUCUGACUGCUCCUACGAAACCACAUGUAGAAUGAAUUGUAAUAGCCAUGGAGUCUGUGACGACUAUACUUGUGUCUGUUAUAGCGGCUAUUACGGCUCAUAUUGUCAAGGCAUUAUAAAUUGUCCUAACAACUGUACAAGCAGUGAACAAGGCACCUGUCAGUCUUCAGGCGAAUGUUUAUGUACUGAUGGAUAUACAGGAGAUGACUGUUCUGAAAAAGAAGACUGAAAAAUGUGCCAGGAUUCCUGCAUAAAUGGGUCUUGUGACAGCAAUAAUGACUGUGUCUGCAGCUCAGGCUGGGUUGGGAAAAAUUGUGACACUGAAGCUCCAGUUGUGUAUCACAAGUCGUCAUCUUAUGAUAUUAGUAUUAAUUUGUCAGAUGACCUUGAGUAUGGAGCAUCUAAAGAAUCUUAUGAUGGCAGCUCAUCAAGUUAUUCGUCCUCAGGAAGCUACUCAGAUGAUGAUACUUCAGAUUAUAGGUCUUCUGAUACUGGAGAAAGUGACGAUUAUUAUGCUGAAAUGUAGCAGAUAUUUAUAUAAGAUUUUUUUAAAAAAUAUAAAUAAUGGUUAGUAUAGAAGAGAAUAUAUGGUUGAGUCAGAAGAUGUUGAAGUAUCUGAAGAAAGCUUUGAUAAUAUAACAGAUUCACAAGAUGCUUCAGCGAACAUGACACAAUAUGACAACUCUACACAUUUAUUAGUCCCUCACUCCCCCCCCUUCAAAUUGGAACUAAAAAUUUUGUUCCAAUUUAAAGGGGGGUUAAUUUUUUUUUUAAAAAAAAAUAUCAAUAUAAAAUUUUUUAUAAAAUAUAUAAAAUUUAAAAAAAAAAAAUCUCCAAAACUUAUCGAAUUAGAUUAAUAAAUUUGUUUAAUAAAACGCUAUUUACUCUUUAUACUUUAAAGCAAAGCAAGAUAUAACUAAUUUUUCAUUAUUAGUUAAUACGCCACUAUUAAUUGGUAUCAAAAUUAUUUACACAAAAAUUAUUAUUUUUAUUGAUAAAAACAAUUUUAGAAAAUUUAUCGAUCAAAGUGCUAAUUUUGUUUAAAUAAGAUGUAUUAUAUACUCUAUUCUUUAAAAUAAAGUAAGAAAUAAGUAAAUUUUUAAAUUUUAUAAAGAAUUCCUAUUGAAUUUAUAUCAAAACUAUUUAAAUAAAAAAUAUCAUUUUUAUCAAAAAAAACAAAAAUUUUUUUGAAAAAUUUUUAAAAAAAAAAAAAAUUAAUUUUUUUUUAAAAUUUACAAUCAAGGAUAAUAAAUUUAUUUAAAUAAGAUGCUCUUUAUACUUUUAUCUUUAAAAAAGAGCAAGAUAUAACUAAAUUUUUAAUUUUAGUUAAUAAGAAACAUUUAAUUUAUAUUAAAACUUUUUAGAUAAAAAUUAUAUAUAAUUUUUUUUUAUAAAAUUAAAUUUUGUUCCAAUUUAAAGGGGGGUUAAUUUACCAAAAAAGUGGAAAUUUUACCGAUAUUUUGUUCCAAUUUAAAGGGGGGGGAGUCAGAUGUUUGGGUUUACUGACCCAAAUGACCCUAACAGCUAUUAUACACAAAAUCUUCGAAGGGAUCCAGUUGAGGUUGAAAAAUCUGAUUAUUUAGAAGAGUUAGAAGACAAACAAGAGGACAGACAAGAUGAAAUAGAAGAAUGCCAAAUGAUGUGUAUUAUAUUAAAAAUAAAUAUCCUUAAGCAUAAUAAUCGCUAUUCCUUAUUUUCCACAAAAUCAUAGUACUUUUCUAGUAUUGACAGUCAAAAUUUAUUUUAAAUAAAUUAAUUAUCAUGGAGUUUGUUCUGAUGCAACUUGUUAUUGUGAAGAAGGAUAUACAGGGACACUUUGUGAAUACGAAGAAGACGAAGCUGACAAUGGGAUCAAGCUGACCACAGCUAUCAUUAUUAUGAUGCUUUUUUGGAUUAUCGGAUGCGCUUAUGGCUGCUACAGAAUUAAGAAGAUUAUGGAAGAAGUCAGAGCUCGAGAAGAAAGCAAAGUUGAAGAAAAAGAUGAUUUUGUUGGACUAGAAGACUAA